CACACUGCGCCCGAAAUCAUGACGUCAAACUCAAAGUACGGAGUCCCGGAUAUUAAGACGAAAGAUGGCAUUGAGUUUGGAAAGGAACUCCAAGAAAAAGAGUUUCUUUUCGACAAAGGAUACAUCGGCUUGAAUCACGGCUCCUUUGGCACUUACCCGCGUCCUGUCCGUGAUAGACUGCGAGCCUUUCAGGAUGCUUCAGAAGCGCAGCCCGACAAGUUCAUUCUCUACGACUACCCCCGGUACCUUGAUGAAGCCCGGGAAGCCAUGGCCAAGCUACUCAACACGCCGUCUUCCACGCUGGUCUUCGUCCCCAACGCCACCACGGGUGUAAACAUUGUCCUGCGCAACCUCGUCUUCACCCCAGAAGACCACAUCCUCAUCUUCAGUAACAUCUACGGUGCCUGCGAGCGAACCGUCUCGUACAUUACCGAGACCACGCCCGCGCAGUCCGUAAAGGUCGAGUACGCCCUCCCUUUCGAAGACGACUGGCUCGUCGAGCAGUUCGAAAGUAAGGUCCGAGACGUCGAGGCCAAAGGCGGAAAAGUCAAAAUCGCAAUCUUCGACACCGUAGUCAGCAUGCCGGGCAUCCGCCUGCCGUUUGAGCGUCUGACGGCCAAAAGCAAGGAACUGGGCAUCCUGAGCUGCAUCGAUGGCGCCCACGGCGUUGGCCACGUCGAAAUCGACCUGGGUACUCUGGACCCGGACUUCUUCGUCAGCAACUGCCACAAGUGGCUCCAUGUCCCCCGCGGCACGGCAAUCUUCCACGUCGCACACCGUGCCCAGCAUCUCAUCCGCAGCACGCUCCCCACCUCGCAUGGCUUCACGCCCAAAAACGGGAAGUUCGUCUCGCCCUUUUCCAAGCCCGUGUAUCACAAUCGCAGCCAGCAGACAGGCGCUGAGCAGAAUACGUCGGAGCAGCAGACUGCUGGUACCGCUGCAUCCAGCGAGAAGCCAGAAUUUGUCGCAAACUUCGAGUUCGUAGGUACCAUAGACUCCAGCCCGUACUUGUGCGUCCCCACAGCACUGAAAUGGCGCGAGUCUCUUGGCGGCGAAGCCGUCAUCCGCUCGUACUGCACCACACUCGCACAAGCAGCCGGCCAGCACGUCGCAUCAGUCCUGGGCACUCAUGUGCUGGAAAACCGUACUCGCACCCUCGGCCAAUGCUGUCUCUCCAACGUGCUGCUCCCAAUUUCCCUGGAAAAAGUCCAUGCGACAGCCAGGCUCGCUGGCAUUGAUCCCGACGACGCGGGGCUCAAAGUCAGGGAUUGGAUGAAGAAGUUGAGCAGUGAACAGUACAAUACAUUCAUCAUGGUGUAUUGGUAUGCUGGGAAGUGGUGGACGCGCCUCAGCGGCCAGGUUUACCUUGACAUGCGCGAUUUCGAGUGGGCGGCACACACGCUCAAGGAAAUGUGUGCAAGGGUGGAGAGUGGCGAGUGGGCGGGUGUGAAGGGGAGGCUUUGAGCUGUAUUUGUUUAUGGCUCGUGAAGAAAAGGAGCUUGUUUGACGUAGACAAACAUUUGGGAAUUAACGGAAGCUUUUUUGUGGAUGUUUGUGCGGGUACAUUGGGACUAUAUACGUUGGAUGGUGGGCACGUAUCGUGUUUCUAAGCCUUCUCUACUACAGUG